AUGGCAAGUGCCUCCGCUGAAGCGACCCAAGACAGCGCUCAGACACCUGUUCCCGUGGGAGAUGAGGAGGACCUUCAAGAGCCGCCUCCGGAUCCCUGGGCAGCCUACACAGCUGGCCAGACACUGGAGACGCCUCCUCCCGGAUUUAGCCCUGCCAGGAGAGGCCGACCUGGACCGGACGACAUGGACGCCUUCGAGGAGUUCUUGCGAAGACGGCGUGCAACACAACGACCUCCUGUUCGGCGGCCACGUCAUGACGAAGAAGAAGGAGAUGAUGAUGAUGGCGGUGGCACCGGGAGAAGCAAUGCCGGACCUCCACCACAGUGGGAUGGUACGACCUCCUUCCGGGACUAUGAGGUCAGAGCGAAGCUAUGGUUGGCGACCACCAAGGUCAAGGCACGGGCCAGGGGCCCAAUGCUCCUCAAGAGCCUCACCGGCACCCCCUUCGACGACCUGAAGUAUCUCGCCAAGGACGACGAAUGGAUGCAGAGUGACGAGAACGGGGCUCGACUUUUGAAGUUGAUGAACACUAAGGAGCUAUAUGGAGAGGAUGAACGCGAAGAGAUGAUCAACACCCUGGUCAAGGUGACGUACACUUUAAGGAGAUCCCGUGGCGAAGCUUACAAGGCCUUCUUCGCCAGGUGGGACAAUGCUGUUCGCAGGUUGAGCGAGCACAAGGUGGAGCUUCCCCAGGAGUACUUGGGAUUCCUUCUGGUUAUGGCCUUACAAGUUGCCCCGGACGAAGUGAAACUCAUGAUGAACUACACCCAGGGCAAGCUGACGCAGAAGGCCGUGAAAGAAUGGAUCCGCGUACAGGAAGCUGACCUAGCAUGGAGCGCUUCCCAACAGAAGCCGAGGAAGGCCGAGUCGAUCAUGAUGAUGGACGAGGCCUCGGAGUUUCCCAAGGAGAGCCCGGAAACCGAGCCGGCGGACGAGGAGAAUGUCGAGGUUCUCCUGAGUGCCCUCGGGGAACUGGAUGAGAAUGCGGACGGCGAGUCGGUCGCCACGACGGACGUGUUUGACGAAGACGAGGCCAAGGAGAUCCUCGCGACCAUGGUCAGAGAGCACUCCAAGGGAGGGUUCAGGAGAUCCUUCAAGGCGGUGAAUGACGCCAAGCGGGCCAAAGGAUUGGCCAGAGGCUAUGGAGCCCACCGAGACCCCAGUGGACGUUUCGGAACUUCCAAGGGUGCUGGGUCUGGAAAGGGGUCUGACCAUGUCCGGACCGGACAAUCCUAUAAGAUCUCGAUCGAGGCCUUGAAGAAGAAAACCCGAUGUGCGAGAUGCCAUCAGAUCGGACAUUGGCACAAGGAGUGCCCAAACCCGGCUAAGCCGAAGGAGAACUACUACGUCGAGAACGAGUCCGAGGAGGCCCUCUUCUUGCAUUACCUUGACUUCGUCGAUUACCAGUCUAGCAGGCCGACUGCCCGACCUGGACCUGAGAAUGGCGAGUCCGCAUACAUGUGUUCCGCAUUAGGUGUACAACCAUGCUACAAGCCCGAGGAACAUGUCUUCAAGUCCGUCAAUGGCCUGCAGUCUUUGAGGACGGACAAAGCAGUAAGGUUCAACCAUGAGAUUCCACUCCACAUCGGGCCCACCGGGGCCCUACGGGUUCCACUUGACCAGUUUGAUGAGAAGAUGCUUAAACAUCUCCGCAGUGCCCUUGAUAACCUUCGGGAGCCAAAGUUGGAAGCCAAUCUGUUGAAGGCCGAGGCCUUUGCGACCCUCCUCGGAAACAUGCCGUCGAGCAACAAGCGCCAGAAGUCCGUGACCGAGGAGGAGAAACGAUAUCGGCGACAGUUCCAUUGGCGGCGCAUGGUGCUGCGCAUCUUCACCAUCAUGGCCAACAGAGUCUACCAGAUGGUGGAGAAUCAUCUUGGCCUCCAACCCGACAAGAAGAAGGCACAGAACCGGAUGGUGGAAACCAUCCGUGGCAUGAGCCCCGACGAGCUGCAGGAAGCCCACGAGAUGAUCAAGAGCGCCAUGACCGCGGCCCAGUACCAGGAGGAGGACUGGUCCGUGGUGGAGCCGGCUCCAACUCUGAGCCCAUUGAAGCGGCAAGCCGAAGAGUCGGACACCGAGACCGGGAUGUCCACCGACGAGUUCGCGAACCCGAAGGUCCUCCUUUGCUACUGCAACCUGGAGGCGAUCCUGCUCCGGACCAAGAAGCGGGGACAUGUGGAUGAAUCAGAGGGCCGGACCUCCACCACCGACGGCGCGGAGAUCUACCCCACCGAGCUCUCCGGCCCCGACCCUCGAUUCCCGGGAGGCGGCGUCUCCGGGAUCCAUGCCGAGGACGCCCAACGAGGUCAACGACUCCCUCCUGGUGGACGAGCCGUGCGGCUGCAAGAACCCGAGGCUGGUGGGCACGGGAUCGAAUGCGUGGGUGACCCAGAUUCGAUGCACUCAGUGCGGAAAGAUGGUGACACGGAGGCCCACAAGCAAAGCUCGGGAGUACUACGCCAAGAAGAAUAUGGUGCCACCUACGCCGAAGGAGUUGCCGCCAACCCCUCCGACUUCCUCGACGUCUACUCCGAAGCCAUCAGCGAUGCCCGGGACACCACUCUCCAACAACCUGUUCGGAGCGAGGGCGGACAAGCCAGCCUCAGCGAGCUCCCACGUGUCGGCCAGCAGUUCCAACCGGGACACCAAGUCCAAGAAAUCCAGCAGCGCUGGGACUCCGGAAGACACGAUACCCGUGCUGGACGAGACCUACGCCGAGUACCAGGAGUUCAAGCGGUUCAUGGAGGCAAAGAAGGCGGCGGAGUCAGCCCAGAGCCGCCGGAAGUGAGACUGUCGGUCAGCGGGCAGCGACAUAUGAUGGCAAGCCUCAAGAGGGCAGAGCAGGUCUGGACCGAUCUGCAGAAUUGUCUGAUCAACGGACGGAAGCAUCUUCGAGAGCUAAAAGAUCGGGCCGCCUCCGACUACAAGAAGGGUUUUAGCAAGCAGAAGCGCAAAGUGUAUGCCGAGAUCUUUAACCUUAGCCAACAGAACACCCUUGAACAAGCACCGAGUGUUCAUCAGCAGGUUAAGCUCCAGCAGCCCGUCCAUGACAGGAUCCUAGUGAUCGAUUUAGAGUCCGCCGUCUUGCUCAGUUCUGCGCAGCACUCAAUCCUGACUUACUUGAGGCAUGCGCGACCCGGACUGGUGAUCAUCCGACAGCCCGAGGCCACUUGGUUCAGAACAGGCAGACCCCUAGAUUACUUCAAGCAACAACAUCUUCAAGAGCUCAAGGACUAUAUUCACCAACAACAAGACCACAGGGUCCUGAUGCGUUUUUCCAAGAAGGUUAUCGAAACCUGUUCUACAUAUGGCGCGGUCUUCGUGGCCGAGGAGCCAUGGAAACGAGGCGGCUGGCAAGAGCAAGAAACUCGACGUCUCAAGGAGAAUGUUGAAACGUGGAAUGCCGAGGUGAAUGGAUGGCGAGACGGACACGAUCAAGAACGCGAUGGAGGGCGAGACGAACACGAUCAAGGACGCGAUGGAGGGUCAAUUGGACACCAGGUCCACAGGUCUUUGGACAAGAGUCAGCGUCCGACUACCUUGGUUGUGAACAGAGCCAGUCUAGCCAAACGACUCGACCACAAGAUGGUGAAGACAUGUGAGGGUAUCGAGCUGGUGGUUCAGGCCUAUGCCAAGAUACGCGGAAAGGCAACAGGACAAAUGACGAUCGUGAAGGCAAUGCAGGUCCUGGAAGAAGAUAGACAACACGAUGGUGUCUAUUUUACGGUGACCGAGCUCAACGCGAUGACCUAUCAGGAGACCGUGCCCCACGACCUCAAGGAGAUCCUUCAUCAGGAAGAGGACGAGGACGCCGAUGGGAACUACGGCAUCACCGCCGAGAUUCUCCAGACCGAGGGCGUUCAUCCUCUGGAAGAGGGCAUGGUCGCAGCGGUCAAGUUCCAAACGGACCGCCUUCCGGUUCCAACCGAGGAGGAGGCAACUGGAGUUGCUUGGAGGACGAGGUUCGGUGGCAAGAACUACAUCAACCCGAGAGGACCCUUUCUCGUGGUCGUCAUCUACCGCAAGCGUUUGGAUGGAAGACGGGAUAAGCGGAUGAACCACUUCCCGGGAAUGAGCAAGGUCACUCUGGAACGCAUGGUCCGACGAGCACACGAAGGCCUUGGUCACCCAGAGAACGGAAGAUUCGUGCGGAUUCUUCGGCACAGCCAUGCAGACCCCGAGGCCAUCGAGAUUGCGAAGAACCUUCGGUGCUCCGUGUGCGAGGCCUACAAGGUGCCAGCUCCUAUUCGACAAGGAGCCCCUCCUCGAGAAGACCUCUUCAUUAACGACUUGGUUGGCGUUGACACUGUGCACCUUCGGAGCCACAAGAACCAGGCCGUUCCCGCCUUGAACAUGAUCGACUGGCACUCCCACUUCCAGUUGGUUGUGCCGAUGGCGGCUGAGACAGCUGUCGAAACCAGAAAGGCCUACAGACAAUGGGUCCGAUUCUUCGGGCCUCCACGGAAGCUCAUGAUCGACUUGGGCGGAGAGUUCAAGGCGGAGUUCCGCAAGCAAGCAGAAGAAGACGGUUCAGAGCUAGUUCCGGGACCAUUGGAGACGCCUACCCAACGAGGACUCACUGAACGGGCCGGCGGCGUGUUCAAGGAUAUCCUCUACAAGGCCAUGGCAACCUACGGCUGCACAACCUUUACCGAGUGGAAGGAGCUGGUGGAUGUCACUUGCAUGACCCGGAAUAGGCUCCUUCUCAGAGGAGGAUAUUCUCCAAUACAAAGAGUCAUCGGCUACAGCCCCAGGAUCCCAGGAGGACUUCUUCAAGGUGGCGAACAAGAUGAGAUGGUGGCGGAACUGCAACAUGUUGGCGAUACGGACGCCAACAAGGCGAUGAGAAUGAGGAAGGCCGCGGCGAUGGCGUUCCACGAGGCGGAUUGUGACCAGGCCCUCCGGGCGGCUACCCUGGCAGGCCGAAGGCAACACCAAAAUAUUGAGGUCGGCCAGGCGAUCUACUUCUGGCGGCGGGGUGCAGGCACCCACAAGAAGACCCGGACAUCCUACUGGCAAGGACCUGGAAGGGUUGUGAUGACCUCCUUGCCAAAUGCCGUCUGGAUUGCUUAUCAAGGAAGUUUGGUCAAGGCCGCCCCGGAGCGAACCAGGCCGGCCACUGAGGAGGAAGCACUAUCCCUCUCAGGGUGGACGCGCGGGCUUUCCCAGGCCCGCGGUCUGUUCGACGGAAAACUACGACGAAACUUCGUGGACCUCACCAAGGACCAGGACCCUGUGGACCAGGAGCAAGAGGACGAGGCGAUGCCCCAGGCCGAGGCCAGCGAAUCAUGGCAACCUCCUAUCCGACGAGUGCGGGCCAAGACCAACAACUACAGUCGUGAACCACUGCGGUCUGAUGCUCCAUCACUAGACGAAGGCUACGGAGCUCGCAUGGAGGACACCAUUCUCGGUUCACAUGCUGAAGCUCCGGAACCUAAUGUCGAUGAAGACGGUGACCUGGUUCUACAUCCUCCACCCGGACUACCUGUACGAACCGGCGAGCACAAGCGAGAGAUUGAGAACCCAGAAGAACCAUCGGGCAAACGAAGCCGGGCGGAGAUGCUGGAAGCCUACCACAUGAACUUGACAACCCUCGCCAAACAACGGCAAAAGAAGGAAGCCCGAGCCCAGGACUUUACUGGAAAGGAUCAAGAGAGGUUGGAGCGGGCCAUCCUGAAGGAGAUCAAUAAUAACCUGGGGACCGGCGCCUACAAGAUUCUCUCCCUCAAGGAGUCCCAGGACAUCCUGCAGCGGAAGCCCGAGAAGGUCAUGGAGUCCAGGUAUGUCCUGACUAAGAAGCCCCUCGAGCCGAACGAUGUCGCAAAGGCCCAAGCUGAGAACCUCCUCUUGGACGACAAGGUCCAUGGGCCCGUCAAGGCAAAGUGCAGACACGUUAUGAAGGGCUGUUCCGAGGAAGCCGCGCUGGAUGUGGAGAGCACGACUCCCCAGGUGAGCCGGGACUCUGUGAUCUUCGUGGCACAGGUGCUUGCAAGCACGGGUUGGGAUCCCGGGUUCCUAGACUUCACCCAGGCCUUUCAUUCCGGGGAUAAGAUAAAUCGAGAGUUGUACUGCAAACAGCCGAAAGAAGGAAUUCCAGGAAUGCAUAAGGACCAGAUUCUGAUGCUGCUGAAAACCUGUUACGGCCUGACGGACGGACCCUAUGCCUGGUACCAGCACCUAUGUCGGCGUCUACGGGAGUUUGGUUAUCGAACUAGCCAUUCAGAUCCUUGUGUGUUUUUCUUACACACACAAGACCCGGCCACCGGAAACUCCUGGCUCGAAGGCAUCAUUGGGCUGGCGACAGAUGACAUGUUGCACGGUGGAGGUGCUCAGCAUUGGAGCAACAUCCAGCAGAUCGCCACAGAGUACAAGCUGGGCAAGAACCAGAAAGGUUCCGGUCGGUUCACCGGGAAGGAUAUCCGCAAGGAGGCCGACGGCUCUCUGCAGAUUGACCAGGCCUUCUACGUCAAGGAGAAGGCCGAGAAGAUUGUCAUCUCCCGGAAAAGAAAGCAGCAAAGAUUCUCAAAGUGCCGGCCCGACGAAGUGGAACAGCUAAGAAGCCAGCUAGGGGUACUCUCCUGGCUAGCCAAGGAGACGAGAUGUGAUUUGGCUGGACGAGUUUGUCUAUUGCAGCAGUGCUUUCCGGAACCCAAGGUUGCCGACCUGAUUGAAUGCAAUCGAAUCAUUGAGGAGGCCAUCCAGCACGCGCAGCUCGGCAUCAAGGUGAUGCCCAUUCCUUGGCAGGACCUACGAGUUUCAGUCGUGACCGAUGCUGCCUGGGGAAACUCCAAAGACCAGAUCUGGAUAGAAACUUCGGAAGAGGACUUUUGGGAAGAAACUCCUACCGAAUGGAUUCGUCAUCACCGGAUGCCACGGCGAACGACUUUUCAUCCUGGAGCGGCCCAAGGAGGCCCGGACUUGCACGAGAUUGUGCCGGCCCGAGUCACCGAGUACUACCUCGACCAGGCCGGAACUGGGAUCCAACCGCGAGUUGCUGAGGACGACUGGACCGACGACAAGGGGAUUCGAGUCCUCCACGAGGAUUCGUGGCUGGGUCGAACUCGCUUCCGUAAGAGCUCCAGCGAGGAGCCAGGCGCUACCAAAAUCCAUUCCAGUCUUCAGCAGCUGCAGAACCUAAGCAGCCAAGGCGGCCAGAUCAUCCUUUACCAUGACAAGGGCCUGGCAGAAGGACAUCAACAAGCGGCUACUACAUUGGCGGCGUGGAGGAGCUUUCGUCUCAAAAGAAAGACGGUUGACACCCUGGCUGCCGAGGGUCAAGCACUACAAGCAGGGAUCGGUUCGAUCCACUGGCACCGGUUGAUGUUCCUGGAGGCCUUCUACGGGAUGCUUUCCACCGAAAGGUGGCGGGAAGAGUCCCGGCAUAUUCCAUUUCUGGCAGCCGUUGACUCGAAGAGCCUCUACGAUGCGGCAAACAAGUGUACGAGCACCACUGCUUACAUCAGCGAUAAGAGGACCGCAAUCGAUCUUGCGGUCAUCAAGGCCGACCUCUUGGAAACCAGCGGAACCAUCCGCUGGAUUGAUACGAGGGCGAUGAUCGCCGAUCCCUUGACCAAGAGUCACCCAGCAGCCUACCUUCGCUACGUGAUGGACAAGGGAAGGUGGUCGAUCGUCGAAGAGGGGACCGCCUUGCAACGCAAGGCAAUCGAAC